AUGCGCCUCGACUACGUCCUCGCCCUCAAGGUCGAGGACUUCCUCGAGCGCCGCCUCCAGACCCAGGUCUUCAAGAGCGGCCUCGCCAAGUCGAUCCACCACGCUCGCGUCCUCAUCCGUCAGCGCCACAUCCGGCAGGACCAGGCCGCAGUCGCGCAGCCGCCAGCCGACAAGGUCCUCCUCCAGGCGUUCGACUCGCCCUCGUCCAGCUACACGGCCGCCCCGUCGUCCGUCGCGCCGACCGGCCUGUUCGGCCAACCUGCGCUCAAGACGCCCGAGGACUUCCCCGAGCUCGCCUACCGCACCACCUUGCGCGCCAAGGUCCUCGUCGACCGCCUCUGCCGACCCGCACCGCCGCCCCAGUCGCUCGACGAGGCCGAGCGGGCCUUCCUCGCCAUGGUCAAGAACCUCGACCGCCUGAGCGACCUCCUGUGCGGCGUCAUCGACCUCGCCGAGCUCGUGCGCAACGUCCACCCGGACGAGCACUGGGUCGACGGCGCCAACGCCGCCUACGAGGAGCUGUGCGAGUACAUGAACGAGCUCAACACGCACGUCGGCCUGUACGAGGGCCUCAAGACGCUCCACUCGAUGCUCCCGGCCGACACGCCGACCAAGUCGCCCGCCCUGUUCGCCGCCUACGCCGUCGCGACCCCGUUCCUGCGCGACUUUGAAAAGUCGGGCAUCCACCUCCCGCCUCAGCAACGCGCCGAGUUCGUCUCGCUGUCGACUGCCAUCCUCCAGCUCGGGCGCCGUUUCCUCCAGAACGCGUCCGACCCAGACGCCCGCGAGCCCGUCAAGGUCUCGCGCCCCGACCUCGACAAGGCGUUCGGCGCGAGCAUGGCGCGACGGCUCAUGGGCGACGCGCCUGACGCGCAGCAGGACGCCUUGAUCGACCCGGCGAGCUGGGAAGGUCGCGUCCUCGCGCGCCACCAUCCGGACGCCUCGGUCCGCCGCGAGCUGUACGUCGCGUCGCACGCGGCGCCGUCGUCGCACGUCGAGACGCUCGACGAGCUCCUCCUCGCGCGGGCCAAGCUCGCGCGCCUCGUCGGGCGCAGCAGCUGGGCCGACGUCGCGCUCGAGGACAAGAUGGCGCAGACGCCCGAGGCCGUCCAGGGCUUCCUCGACGCCCUCGAGCGGCACAACCGGCCACUCGCGCAGAAGGACCUGCACGUCCUGCGCCAGGCCAAGGCGGCGCACCUCGCGCGCACCGGCGGCGGCGGCGGGCGCGGCAAGGGCGACGCGAGCGUCAUCGACGCGUGGGACCGCGACUUUUACACGGACCUGUCGGCCGCGACCCAGUCGGCGAGCCCGCUCCCCGACAUCUCGCCCUUCUUCUCGGUCGGCGCCGUCUUCUCGGGCCUGUCGCGCCUGUUCACGGCCCUGUACGGCAUCCGGUUCGAGGUCGAGGACGUGCGCGACGGCGAGGUGUGGGCGCCCGGCGUGCGCAAGCUGCGCGUCGUCGACGAGGACGAGGGCCGCAUCGGCACCAUCUACUGCGACCUCGCCGCUCGCGACGGCAAGGCGCCCGGCGCCGCGCACUACACGGUCCGGUGCUCGCGCCGCGUCGACGACGAUGACGCCGACGCCGACUUUUCCGGCGAGAGCCGCAGCUGGGCCGAGGUGGACGGCGUGCGGGUCGAGCGCGCCGAGCUCGAGGGCCUGCUCGAGGUCGAGCCGGUCGAGUGGCGAGGGCGCGUUGGACUGCACCAGGAGCCCGUCGUCGUCCUCGUGUGCGCGUUCGGGUCGAGCGAGGCGGCGAGCCGGCCGGCGUUCCUGCAGUGGCACGAGGUCGAGACGCUCCACCACGAGAUGGGCCACGCGAUUCACUCCAUGAUCGGCCGCAGCGAGUACCACAACGUCGCCGGCACCCGCUGCGCGACCGACUUUGUCGAGUUCCCGUCGGUCCUCAUGGAGCACUUUGUCGCGUCGCCCGACGUCAUCGCCCUGUCGGCCAGACACUACAGCACGGGCAACGCCCUGCCUCAGUCGGUGUUCGCGUCCCUCCUCAAGGAGCGCUCGCGGUUCUCGGCCCUCGAGACGUCGUCCCAGAUCAUGAUGGCGGCCCUCGACCAGGCGUACCACUCGUCGUCGGUCGCCGACGCAGCCGUCAACGCCGGCUCGCUCGACUCGACGGCGCUCCUCGCCCAGACGCAGGCGCGGUACCACGUCGUCCCGUACGCCGCCGGCACGGCCUGGCAGACCCAGUUUGGCCACCUGUUCGGCUACGGCGCGACGUACUACUCGUACCUGUUCGACCGAGCGAUCGCGGCGCACGUCUUUGCCGAGAAGUUCUCGACGGACCCGCUCAGUCGCGAGCGCGGCGAGGAGCUCAAGCAGGGCGUGCUGCGGUGGGGCGGCGGGCGCGACCCGUGGGAGAUGAUUGGCGAGCUCGUCGGCGACGACGUCGUCGCGAGGGGAGGACAGGGCGCGAUGGAGGCGGUCGGCAAGUGGGGCAUAGAAGGCUCGGCGCCGUAG